GCUUCUCGGGGAGACACGCUCGUCCGGUCCCCAGGGGCCGGCGAGGCCGCCCACCGCGCGGCGCCGCCCCGAGGUCCCGGGAAGUGUACCCGCGGUUCUCCGGACCCCCAGUCAAGCCGCGCGCCCGCCCCCUGAGGCCCCAGACCCGCGGAGAGCGCGUGGGGUGGCCGCUACUGGGUCCCAACCCGCCCGGGGUCCCUGAGCGGUCCACACAGCCCGCGCCCUGCCUUCCCGGAACCGCCCACGCCGCGGGGAAGGCGGGGCCGCAAACACCCGGCGGCGCGCCUAGCGCCCCGCUAUCUGCAAUAAUUGCAGCCUCCGCCGCUGCCUGGGGCGAUGCGCCACCCGGAAACCGGCUCCGCCGGGCUCCACCGCAGGCCUUUGAGCCCCUUUUCUCAUCCAUGAGGCUGAGCCGGCUGCCUGAGCCAGAGAGCGUUAGUUGUAGAAUCACCUUUCUAAACAUCUGUUAUUAUACAGGGGCUCCUUCAAGACCAAUUCAGGUAUGAAAAUUCUUACUAAGGAUUUAUUUGGUGGCAAGUGACAGAAACCCAACUCAGACUGAUCCUGUUCUUCCCUCUAUCAUAUUCUUAAUUAUAAAUCAUGGAGAAUCAAGAUAAAACAAUUAAGCAUGAAGAUUCAGAACCAUCCUCAGAGGUGAAUCACACAGCCUCCAGGUGUCAAGUACAACAGGAGGAAACAGUUAUGAACCCCAGAGGUAUAGAUGGAAAUGAACCAACAGAAGGAAGUAACCUACUGAAUAGCAAUGAAAAAAUGCAAGAAACACCAGCUGAACCAAAUCACUUGCAAAGACUAAGACAGACAUUUGCUUGCCCUCCACGUGGUUUACUGGAUAGAGUAAUAACAAAUGUUACCAUGGUGGUUCUUCUGUGGGCUGUAGUUUGGUCAGUUACCGGCCCUGAAUGUCUUCCUGGAGGAAACCUGUUUGGAAUUAUAAUCCUAUUCUAUUGUGCUAUCAUUGGAGGUAAACUUUUCGGGCUCAUUAAGUUACCUACAUUACCUCCACUGCCUCCCCUUCUGGGCAUGCUGCUUGCUGGGUUUCUCAUCAGAAAUAUCCCUGUCAUCAGUGAUAACGUACAGAUCCAGCACAAGUGGUCUUCUGCUUUGAGAAGCAUAGCCCUGGCUGUCAUAUUGGUUCGCGCUGGCCUUGGGCUUGAUUCAAAUGCCCUGAAGAAGUUGAAGGGUGUUUGUAUAAGAUUAUCCUUGGGUCCUUGUCUUGUGGAGGCGUGUGCGUCUGCUCUUCUUGCCCACUUCCUCAUGGGUUUACCAUGGCAAUGGGGAUUUAUGCUGGGUUUUGUUUUAGGCGCUGUAUCUCCAGCUGUCGUGGUGCCUUCAAUGCUCCUUUUGCAGGAAGGAGGCUAUGGUGUUGAAAAAGGCGUCCCGACCUUACUCAUGGCUGCUGGCAGCUUCGAUGAUAUUCUGGCCAUCACUGGCUUCAACACCUGCCUGGGCAUGGCCUUUUCCACAGGCUCCACGGUUUUUAAUGUCCUCAAAGGAGUUUUGGAGGUGGUAGUUGGUAUGGCAGCUGGAUUGCUUCUUGGAUUUUUUAUUCAGUAUUUUCCAAGCAGUGACCAGGACAAGCUCGUGUGGAAGAGAGCAUUCCUGGUCUUGGGGCUGUCUGUGCUGGCUGUGUUCAGCAGCAUGUAUUUUGGUUUCCCUGGGGCAGGAGGACUGUGCACGCUGGUCCUGGCUUUCCUUGCAGGCAAGGGAUGGGCCAGCGCAAAGGCAGAUGUUGAAAAGGUUAUAGCAGUUGCCUGGUUCAUCUUUCAGCCUCUUCUCUUUGGACUGAUUGGAGCAGAGGUAGCCAUUACAGCUCUCAGACCAGAAACUGUAGGCCUUUGUAUUGCCACCCUGGGCAUUGCAGUAUUGAUACGAAUUUUGGCUACAUAUCUGAUGGUGUGUUUUGCUGGUUUUAACUUUAAGGAAAAGAUAUUUAUUUCUUUUGCAUGGCUUCCAAAGGCCACAGUCCAGGCUGCAAUAGGAUCUGUGGCUUUGGACACAGCAAGAUCACAUGGAGAGAAACAGUUAGAAGGAUAUGGAAUGGAUGUGUUGACUGUGGCAUUUUUGGCCAUCCUCAUCACAGCCCCAAUUGGAAGUCUACUUAUUGGUUUGCUAGGCCCCAGACUUCUCCAGAAAGCUGAACAUCAAAAUAAAGAUGAAGAAGAUGAAGGAGAGACUUCUAUACAGGUUUAGAGGUGAAAAGAGAGAAUGCCGAAUAUAGUCAUCAGAAAGCUGCUCUCGGAGGCUACUUUUAUCCAUAUGGAUAUUGACAUAUGUAAUGGUUAAGCUUAAAAUGUACUAGAACCAAGUGUGGCUAUUUCUCUAAACAGCAUUUUUAGCCAUUACCCUUUCCAUCUUGGGGGGAUGGGGGUAAUGUUCUACAUCUCCAACCUGAUCUCUACCUUUUUUUUUUUUUCACACACUAUUCAUCAUUAUAUCUUAAUUUUUAUAGGGACAUAUACACUUGAAUGUACUACCACAAUUUAAUUUCAGUGUCCUGUUCUGCUAACCAACAGCUUGCUCUGACUUACUAUUACCAUCACAGUUUCACGGUUCAUGGUCAUCUGGCCUCUCAUGCCUUGAAUUGCUUUGGGCUCCUCUUUUCUUUUUUUAAAAUACCAUAACACAAUCCCUCAUCAAUUUCUAUCAGUCUCUACACCAGCCUCAUGAAUAUCAUAUUAAUCAGGGUAAGGUAAGCUGCUAUAAUGAAGAAACGAAAAAUGAAAUACUUAAAUAGAGAAAUUUAUUUCCCUCUUAUGAAACCAGCUGACAAUGUUACUCUGCUCAUGCAGUCUACUCAGAGACCCAUGUCCUUCUGUCUUGAGGCUGUGCCAUGCCCUAGCUUAGGACAAAGGUUAAAGAUGUCUGUCCCCUUUCUAAUCCUCAGGAAGAAGGAAAAAGGAAAGUCCAAGGCAAGCAAUUUAUUUUUAAGGAUGUGCUGUGGAGUUGGACACAUCUCUCCUCUUACAUAAUGUUAGUGAAGCCCACACCCCGCUAUGAGGAGGCUGAGAAAGUGUCUCUCACUAAGCAUUCACAUCCUGGGAGAUGGGAAGGUCAGAUUGGAGAGCCAGAAGUACCAUUGUGUUGGGUGUUGCCAUCACCUAAUAGCAUCUUCUUGCAGGUUAACGAGGACCAUCUAAAGUUAGUAACUUUAACCAAAAGAGUGACUUCUGUGGCAGGAAUUUCAGGGAUUGCAACAUGCUAGUAGAGAAGAUAAGAAGAAAGGCUUAUCUGCAAAAGUCACAUUUUAUCCCACUUGAUCAACAGAACAUCUCUGCUUUUGUAUGUCACCCAUUAAGUUCCUCUACUCUAGGUCAACUCCUGCCUAGUUGUUAGAAUAAUCAUGUUUAAAUAAACAUGUCAUUAGACUACCUAAGGGUCUGAUUUAUUAGCAGACAAACAUAUGAGCAAACUGUAAAAAGGGAUAUAAGUGCUCUGACAGAAGUGCGAAUAGGGUACAUACACCCUUCAUUUAGUUGUUAGACUAACAUCUCAUAUUGAACUAAUCUUAUCAUUAGACUACUGUUGCAGCCCCUUCCACCAUGACAUUCACCUCUGUCCAAAACUAGCUUAAUUUUUAUUAAGCUAACAUAUUACGAAGCCAUAGAAUCUUCAUUUUUAUGUCAGCCUGACUCUGGUUACUUUCUGGGACUGUAUUCCCUUAGUGUUUAUGUUCUCAAUUUGGACUGGAUUAAUGUAUACCAAAGUUCAGAUGGAUGAACUUCCUUGGCCAGGUGCACCUUGGUGGUAGCACCAUAAACUUAAUGCUCACCUGGUCCUCUACUAUCACAAGCUCUGAAACUAGAUUCAUCCAAAUACUUACUGAAAGCCUUUGGUGACCCAGGCACAUCAUGAAGAUUAAUAUUGUUUCCAUCUUUAAGGAUCUGACAGUCUGAUAGAGGAGAGCAACCACUAAACAAGAGAUUGCAAAACAGUAUGAUACGUGCCAUGAUGCAGGAAGUAGAGGGGCGCCAGGGAGCUCGUAGCAGGAGCACCUUAUCAAUCCAGGGGGAGGUGCAGUUUAGACACAGCCUCCAGAGAAAGUAGGACUAGGGUUAGGACAUGGGGGAUGAUUAGGACUUAGCAAAAGGCAUGUGAGGCCCAAGGGUGCUGCAGUCAGUGCUGGUUCCCAUGUUCACCAGUAGCUCUUCUCCAUGUAACAGGCUUUGAAUACUUUUUAACUAAUACAAAAUACAGUUAGUAUAAGUAAAUGAGAAUGUUGUUAUAAAUAUUCAAGGCCCCAAAGAAGAAUUAGAAAUGGAAAUUUACAGAAUGUAGAAAUAGUUGAAGAGCACAGUAAGCCACUGUCAUAGCCUAUGCCAUUUUCAGAGCAUGCAGCUACUUCCUGCCUCUACUCUACACCCAAAUCUCUCUGGCUGUCUGUCCAGUAUUGGUCUCUGCAGGGCUCACCAUGAAGUCUCAGGUUUGUCACCACAUUGUAAGUCACAGCUCUUGACUUGGCUGGUGAACUCAGAGUUAAUUUGAUACAGUGUUGACUCAAGCCAACCAAACUUACUCCACCCACCCAACCACAGAUAGGAACCGUUACUCUAACCUCUGGGUGCCUGAAAGAACGGUGUAUGUACACUAUACAUACUUCUGUCAUAGUACUUAUAGCCCUUUUUUCAGUUUGUUUAUAUGUUUGUCUCCUAUUAAAUUAACCCCUGAGGGGUGGGAACCUUAUCUUGGUCAUCUUUGAAUCCUCAGCAGUUUGCACAGGGCAUGGAGCACGGUGGGCAUUUAGUAAAUUUUUAUUAACUGAGUCAGUGAGGAGAUUCUCUUUCAGUAUCAGAAAACUACCUGCCACAUAACAGUUUAGAUGUUAGUCUGCUUAGUCUAUCUUAGUCUGCUUGGGCUACUGCAACAAAAUACCAUAGACUGAGUGGCUUAAACAACAGAUACUUAUUUUCUCACAGUUCUGGAGGCUGGAAGUCAAACGUGAAAGUUGCCAGCCUGAUCAGGCUCUAAUGAGGGCUCUCUUCAUAGCAUGCUAAUAACCUCCUUCUCGCUGGGUCCUCACAGGGUGGGGUGAAAAAAUGGGGAUGGAAGAGAGUGUGCAAGCUCUCUGGUGUCUCUUCUUAUAAAGGCACUAAUCCCACCAUGAGGGCUCUACCCUCAUGAUCUUAUCCAAUCUAACUACCUCUCCAAGUCCCCAUCUCCAAAUGCCAUCACAUUGGGGGGUUAUGGCUUCAACUUAUGAAUUUGGUGGGGGGAUACAAUUCAGUGCACAGCAAGGGUGUCAUACUUCCAAGGACAGUGCUAAACAAACACUAUAAAUUCAUGUUCUUCAAGAUGCCUAUUUUUCCUAGGGUUGGUACCAUCAAUCUCCCCUUUGAGAAGUGUUUGUUUAUUGUCUGUUUGUUUGUCUUUAGGCAGACUGAUUAGGCUUCAGCUCUUCAAGUUAUUUUCACAGUCCACUGUUUUUCUCUCUGGUAUUAACUCCAUAACAUUGAUUGGACUUUAAUGUUCUCAAAAUGUCCUCAGUCUUAUGUUUGCAAGUGAUCUCAUCCAUUACAUUCUUUAAAAAUGGUACUGAUUAUUUUUGUCUGAUUACAAAAUAAUACAUUUUCAUUGCAGAAAAUUUAGAACACAGGAAAGAACAAUAAAGAAAACUGAAACUAAUGUAAACACCCAUUUUAUUUUCUUUUAAAUUUUACUCUUAAUGUAAACACCCAUUUUAUUUUGAUUCUUUUAUAUUUUACUCUUGCAGUUCUGGGGGUUGUCUUAUUUUCAGAACGAUAUAUCAUCCACCAAAUUCGUUGGGUGAAAGCCAACAUAAAUACAUUUGACCUCUGGGAAGGCAUAUAGACUGAAGAAUUUUUCUUGUAUAUGAUGCAUCCUAAGCCUUCCAAAAAAUAAUUUAUUCACCUGGUAAUAUUCAGAUAUUCAUUUUGCAAUGAAUAAAACAGAUAAAUCUCUGCCUUUAUGGAGUUAUGUUCUAAAAUCCAUUCAUUCACUCACUCCGAAUACACUUGUAACUUGGCUACCGUGUGCCAGUUUUGCUAGGUGCUGGGGAAUACAGUGAUGAAGAAGAUAUUCAAGGGUUCUGUUUAAUGGAACUUGAAUUCUAGUGGGAGACUGACUCUGAGGGGAAUACAAAUGUGAAUAAUAUACUUGCCUUCAAGAACCUUACAAGGCAGCAAGAUGUGUACAAAUAGCUGUAAUCCAAAUGAAUGAUUCAAAACUGUUCUCAGUGAGGAAAACUUCUUAAAGGAGGUGAUACGUGAACCGGACUUUGAAGAAAGGGUAUGAUUUGGAUUGAUGAGUUGAUAUUAGGGAGUAAAGCGAAGAAGGGAACAGCUAGGUACAGGGCUGGCAUAUUAGCCAAGUGUGAAAACAGUAAAGCCUGGGGUAAACGGCCGACACUUAAGGUUGAUAAUGGGAAUUAGUGAGAGGUAAGACUGGAAAAGAAAAUUGGCACUUAAAUCAUACCAAAUAGAUCAUUGGCCAAAUUUCUAUUUUUAUUGAAGUGCUUUCAGAAGUACAGAAGAUAUUUUUGAAACUUUAUACAGAAACUUUAUACUUUAUACAGAAAAUAUUUUUGAAACUACUUUCAUAUCCAAUUUAGUAAAAACUGCUGUAAUGAAUAAGGUUCUCUUUGUUCCUCAAAAGUUUUUUUUUUUUUGCUUUUAAUGGCAUUGUUGCAAAU